AUGUCAAUUUCAAAAAGAAGUGAAAAAUUAAGUUAAAAAUAGAUUGAAAACAAAUGGAUUGAUAAAGUAGUUUGUAAAAACUAUAGAAUUCUUAGUCCAUUAAAUUCUGGUUCAAAUUUUUCAUUAAUUUUAUAGGUUCCUUUGGUCAUAUCUACUUAGCAAUUCAUCAAAUUAAACAAGAAUAUUAUGCAGUUAAGAUAUUAUCAACAGGAAAAAAUCCAAUUCUUACUAAAUCUGUAAAGAAUGAAGUAGACGUACUUUAUAAAUUAAAUGGACAUAUUGGAUUUCCUCGCUUAUAUUAUUUUAUUUAAAAUGAAACUGAAAGCUUUAUAGUAUAAACUUUAUUAGGAUAAAACUUGUAUUAAUUGUUAAUGUAAACUCCAAAAAAAGUAUUUUCUUUAAAAACUGUUCUAAUGUUCUUAGAUUAGGCAAUAGAAAGAUUAUAAUAUUUACAUAUGAAUGAUUACAUACAUAGAGAUAUAAAACCAGAGAAUUUUAUGACAGGUUUAAAAGAAGAUGAAAUAUAUCUAAUUGAUUUUGGAUUUGCAUCAAAAUAUAGAGAAUAAGGUUAGCAUAUAGAGAGAUAGAAAAAUGAAAAUAUAAUUGGAACUCCAAGGUAUUUUAAUGAUUAACUUUGAUAAGCCUAGAUUUUGCCCAAUCUGUUCUCAUUUGAGCUUAUCUUAAAAUAGAGCUAGUGAUUUAGAAAGUUUAGGAUAUUUAGCUAUUUAUUUUUUAAAAGGUUCAUUACCAUGGAUGCAUAUUCAUGCAGAAACUCCAGAAGAAAAAAUAAAAUUAAUAGGAUAGAAAAAGAUGAAUACAUCUAUAGAAGAUUUAUGGUAAUUUAAUAAUAUAAAUAUAAUAUAGUAUUGGAUUACCUAAAACAUUUGAAGAUUAUUUUAAAUAUAUUUAAAAUAUUUCAUUUGAUGGAGAUCCAAAUUAUGAAUAUAUUUAAUAAUCUUUUAAGAAAUUAUAUUAAACUUUAGGAUAUCCAUUUGAUCAAAAAUUUGAGUGGAGUAAAGAAGAAAUAAGAAAUUCUCAAGAUAAUGAGAAAAAUACAAAAUAAUAGUAAUUUUUAGAUGUUGGAAGGAAAUCAUUUACAGCUGAUGUUAAUAUAGAAGAAAUACCAUCAUAAAUAUAAAAAAAGUAUAAUAUAAAUAAUAAUUAUAAUUAGAAAAAUAGAGAGAAUUCAUCAUCUAAAAAUUUAAGAAGAUUUAUUCUUGAUUACUGAUUUAUAAUAAGAUGAAAUCUAAGAAUUUGAACCAGGACAUACAUUAUUCGAAUAAAUGCAAUAGAUAAAUCAAUAAAAUUUAAAGAAAUACAAAUGA